AUGUCUUGGUCUCCUGCGCUGCUCCUUCUGCUCGCUCUGGGGCUCUGCUGUACUGGGAUCCGGGGCCAGAGGUAUGGCAUGACGGCCAGGUUUCGUGACAGAAGCAUCACACACCCCCGGCUGAGAGAGCAGCUGGAGCUGGAGUGCCUGACUGACAAGGAGGACAGCGGCAUAUCCUGGGUCCGCCAGGACAGGAGUGGAACCCUUCAUUUCAUCGUCUUCAUCUCUUCCAUGUCCCGGACGACCUUCGCAGGGAACCAGAAGACAUCCACACGCUUUGAGGCGAGGAAAGACAGCAGGUUGUACCGGUUGGUAGUGAAGUCUUUCAUGCCGCAGGACGAGGGGAACUAUUUCUGCCUCAUGAACAGCAACCAAGUGCUGUACUUCAGCCCCAGCCAGCCUGCCUUCUUCCCAGUCACCACCACAGCAGCACCCACUGCACCGGCAGCCACCACCCAGCAUGGCAUCACCGAAAAGGACCCUUGCCUGAGGACCCUGGAUUCAGAGACCAGCAAGGAGAAAGAGCUGAAUUUCUUCUGUGAUAUCUUCAUCUGGGUUCCCUUGGCAGGCGCCUGCGUCCUGCUCCUCCUCGCCCUGGCAGUCACCAUCAUCCUGUGUCAACAAACCAGAAGACGAAGAUGCAGAUGUAAAAGACCUGCGAAUGGGAAGCCCAAUGUGAAACCCAGCGCACCAAACCAACACAUGUAA